CGGCGGCCGCGCCUGCGCAGUGCGCCCGAGCCGGCGGGGCCAGGGUCACCCUGAGCUGGGACGGCGCCGCUAUGUUGGAAAGGUUCGUGGGCCCGCGCUACCGCCAGCUGGCCAGAAACUGGUUACCCACAGUGGGCAUGUGGGGCACCGUGGGAGCCUUGGGGCUGGUGUGGGCCACUGACUGGCGGCUGAUUCUGGACUGGGUGCCCUACAUCAACGGCAAGUUCAAGAAGGACGAUUAAUUAAACCCAUCCCCCUCUGGUAAGUUUCAGCAGCUGUCG